AUGCCAGAAUGUCAAUUGAAAUUGACACUUGGAAGCCAGAUCGGGGAGCAACUCAUGUCGGCACCAUUUCCCUUUGCCGCGAUCGUCGGCCAGGAGGAGAUGAAGCAGGCCCUUCUGAUGGCCGCAGUCGACCCGCUCCUGGGCGGUGUUCUGGUGUUCGGCGACCGGGGAACGGGCAAAUCGACCGCGGUGCGCGCCCUGGCCGCGCUUCUGCCGAAGAUCGAACUGCGCGAAGGCUGCCGCUACAAUUGCCAGCCGGACAAGCCGGUCGACAUAUGUCCUGCGUGUACCGGCGACAAGCCGCCCCGCGUCCGCACCGAACCGGCCCCGGUCAUCGAUCUGCCGCUCGGCGCCACCGAGGAUCGCGUGUGCGGCGCACUCGAUCUGGAGCGUGCGCUGGUCUCUGGCGAAAAGGCGUUCGAGCCGGGGCUGCUGGCGCGCGCCAAUCGCGGCUUUCUCUAUAUCGACGAAGUCAAUCUGCUCGAAGACCAUCUGGUCGACCUCCUGCUGGAUGUCGCGGCGUCGGGCGUCAACCUUGUCGAACGCGAGGGCCUUUCGGUGCGCCAUCCCGCCCGUUUCGUGCUGAUCGGUUCGGGCAAUCCGGAAGAGGGCGAACUCAGACCCCAAUUGCUGGACCGGUUCGGCCUGUCGGUCGAUGUCGCCUCGCCCGAUACGCUCAAGGAGCGGGUCGAGGUGGUGCGCCGCCGUGAAGCCUAUGAGCGCGACCGGGACGGGUUUGUCCGCGCAUGGAGCCGCAAGGACGCAGCCGUCCGGCGCAAGGUCGCAAAGGCACAAGCCAUGCUCGACCAGGUGGAGACGCCGGACGCCGUCCUCGAACUGGCCGCCAACAUAUGCCUGCGUCUCGGCGUUGACGGACUGCGCGGCGAACUCACCCUGAUGCGGGCCGCCCGCGCCCGCGCCGCCCUCGCCGGCCGCAAUGAGGUGACAAAGGUCGAUCUGGUGGCCAUCGCGCCCAUGGCCCUGCGGCACCGGCUGCGCCGCGACCCGUGGCCAAUGGCGCCGCCGGCCAUGCUUGAAAGCGGCCCGGCGGAUUUCCCGGCACCGGCGGCCGAGCCUGCGCCUUCGGCCGACCAUUCCAGCGCCGGCGAUCCGGCCUGGGCCGACGCGCUGUGCGCGGCGCGGAUUUUUGCCGCGGCGCCGGCGGCACUGGGCGGCAUCCACGUUAUCGCCCGCGCAUCGCCGGUUCGCGACCGCUGGUUGGACGCUGCGCGUGCCAUGCUCCCGGCGACCACCCCGGUCAAGCGUAUCACACCCGCCGUGUCGGCCGGCCGCCUGACCGGCGGCAUCGACAUUGCCGCGACACUGGCCGGCGGCACGCCCGUGCACGAAGCCGGUCUGCUCGAGACGCUCUGGGGCGGUUGCCUGAUCGUCGCCAUGGCCGAACGGCUCGCGCCAGGCACCGCCGGCAUCAUCGCCCGCGCCCAUGACGCGACAUCGGGCUUCGGCAUCGUCGCGCUCGAUGAAAGCGACGGCGACGAGGAUCAUGCGCUGCCCGGUGCCGUCGCCGACCGGCUGGGAUUGCGCGUCCGUCUCGACGGCAUCGCGAUCGGCGACGCGACGAUCGAACGGCAAACGCCUCAGCCGCCGGACGAAAGCGCAGUCCAGGCCGUCACCAUCGCCGACCCGCUGGCCGAGACGAUCGUUGCGGUCGCCGCCAUGCUGCGCGGCGCAUCGAUGCGCGCGCCUGCCCAGGCCAUGCUGGCCGCCCGCAUUCUUGCCGCGUCCGCCGGCCGUUCCGAAGCCUCGCCGGACGAUGUCGCAACGGCGCUGCGGCUCACCUGCGGCGCGAUGAUCGAGGCGCCGGCGGAUCAGGCGGACGGCAGCAGCGCGGACGAUGAUCCGGCAGACGACGCGCCGUCCCGGGACGAACGCCAGCGCGACCAACCCGACACGCCCGAGCAGGACAGCGAGACCGAAACCGCCUUCGACCCCGAACAGCUCAAGGACCUUGCCAUCGCCGCCACGCGAGGCGCCAAGCUCGAUCUGGCCCUGUUCCACCAGGCCAACAUGACGCGCACCCGGGCGCAGAGCGCGGCGGGCAAAUCGGGCGCGGUGCGCCAGGGCGCCCGGCGGGGCCGGCCGGCGGGCCUGGUCACCCGGCCGCCCUUUCCCGGAGCCCGGCCCAACGUCGUCGCCACGCUUCGAAGCGCCGCGCCCUGGCAGAUGAUCCGCCGCAAGGCGCGCGGCCUGCCCGCCUGGACACCCGGGGAACCGCUCUGCGUGCGACCGUCCGACUUCCGCUAUGUCCGCUACGCCCACAACACCGAGUCCACUGCGAUUUUUGCGGUCGACGCAUCGGGCUCGACCGCCCUCGAAAGGCUCGGCGAGGCCAAGGGCUGCGUCGAACUGCUUCUGGCCGACUGUUAUGUGCGCCGCGACCAGGUCGCGCUGGUCGCCUUCCGCGGCGAAGGCGCCGACGUGCUGCUGGAGCCGACCCGUUCGCUCGUCAGGGCCAAGCGGUCGCUGACCGCCCUGCCCGGCGGCGGCCCGACCCCGCUUGCCGCCGGCCUUGGCCAGGCACUCGAUCUUGCCGAUCGCGCCCGGCGGCGCGGCCAGUCGCCGCUGAUCGUGCUUUUGACCGACGGCAAGGGCAAUGUGGCGCUCGACGGCACGCAGGAUCGUCAGGCGGCGCGCGCCGAUGCCGAAGAGAUGGCCCGGCGUGCGGCCCUGACCGGCAUUCGUUCGGUGAUCAUCGACAUUGCCCGGCGGCCGCGCGACAGCGCCCGAACCCUCGCAGAAGCCAUGCACGCCGACUAUGUCACGCUGCCGCGUGCCGAUGCGGGCGCCAUGUCCGGCAUCGUCUCGAACUAUCUGAAGGCGCCGCGCUGA